AAACCAAGAAAGAAACAACAAAAACAAACACCAAGAUUUUACAGGUCUAGGUUGGUUAUGUUCGGCAUUUUUGUUUACAUCUCUCAAUGUAAAUUAUUUUAGAUUAUUCGUCAAAAACCAGCGUGGUUGAAUGAAUCUUAAGUUACUUAGUAAAAAGUCAUGAUCUUCACUAAAACAAGUCUUAGCUUUAGACAUUUAAUACAUCAACGUGCCCAGCCUCAGAGAUUUCUUUCAAGCUAUGAUGUUCGAAAAAGGUUUCUGGACUUUUUCAUCUCCGAACAUUCUCACACCUUUAUCAGGUCAAGCCCUAUUGUUCCUCUUAAUGAUAAAACCAUAGCAUUUAUCAAUGCUGGAAUGAACCAGUUUAAAGAUGUAUUCCUGAAUAAGAUCCCACCACACUGUCCUACAGCUGCAAACUCUCAGAAGUGCAUCCGAGUGGGUGGGAAGCACAACGACCUGAAUGAUGUUGGAUUGGAUUCAUACCAUCAUACGUUCUUUGAAAUGUUGGGAAACUGGUCUUUUGGAGAUUACUUUAAGCGGGAAGCCUGCGAUUUAGCCUGGACUCUGUUGACAACAUCACCCUACUCUAUAGAUCCGCGGAGACUGUAUGUGACGUACUUCAGUGGCUGUGAUAGGCUGGGAAUCCCACCUGAUCUGGAAACCAGGGAAAUAUGGCUGUCACUCGGGGUUGAUCCAAGUCACAUAUUAGGAUUUGGUGUGAAGGACAAUUUCUGGGAGAUGGGUCGCACGGGUCCAUGCGGGCCUUGUUCCGAGAUCCAUGUGGACCUUGUCGGCGGCCGAGACGUGGCUGCAAAGGUCAACCAAGGUUUCAGCGACGUCACUGAACUUUGGAACCUCGUUUUCAUUCAGUUCAACAGGAACGAAGAUGGAAGCCUGAGUCAGCUACCAAUGCACCAUGUCGACACUGGAAUGGGAUUUGAGCGACUUGUAGCUCUUCUCCAAAACAAGAUGUCGAACUACGAUACAGACCUUUUCGUACCUCUGUUUAGUAGUAUAUCCAAGGUAAGUAAAGCGCCACCUUAUGCUGGAAGGUUCGGACAACAAGAUGAACUUGGUUUAGACACAGCAUACAGAAUCCUGGCAGACCAUAGUCGAAUGGCCACUGUGGCAAUAUCUGAUAACAUGUAUCCUGACAACAAUCAUAAACUAAGGAGAGUUAUCAGGAAAGCACUCUCAGUGGCUGAAAGCUCAUUCAAGGUGAAAGACCCAGUGAAGUUGAUGAAAGAAUCUUGUAGCCGCGUCUCUGAACUUCUUUCACACACAUAUCCGGAGACUGGAAAGAACUUGAGAAAGGUACACCUGGUAGUAGAACAUGAAUGGCAGUUGCUGCGUAGUGUGCGAGACUCUGCGGCGCAGAAGUGGCACUCUCUGGUGCUGCGGGACUCUCGUCUGGUGCCACUGCAGGAUGUCGAUGCGCCGGGCAUGUUGGCUGCGUACAACGAGCUCUCAGCCAUCAAAGAUACUGAGGUGCUUGGGGAUUUGUCCUAUAGACUCUUUGAUACUCAUGGUUUGCAUCCAGAACUCAUUGAGGAACUUUGUCAAGCACUUGGUUUACAAUUCAGCGAGAACGACUUCAACGCCAAACUAGCUGAAGCUAAGGAGAAAACUCUCACUUUAGCGAACAAAAGAGAUUCAGAGUUUCUUACCAAGCAGUGUUUAGAUGAGUUAAAACGUAACUUCGCAGUGACAGACGAUAGUGCCAAGUAUAAUUACGACCGGACAAAGAGUGAUGGUGUGACUUAUGUGUUUCCUGAGGUUGAAGCGACAGUUCAAGCAGUGCUGAGAGAGGGGAAAGUGGUGGAGGGGGAGAGAGUGACGGAGGGGGAGAGAGUGGCCGUGGUAUUAGACAGGACUUGUUUGUACCAUGAGGCCGGAGGUCAGCAGUCAGAUACGGGUGUGAUAACGGGAGAAGGCUGGAUAUUGGAGUGUGACAGUGUGCUGAAUUGUGAGGGGUACCUGCUGCACCUAGGGUGUAUCAGGAAUAACGUCAGUACUGCCAACCUGGUGCCAGGCUCCAAGGUGCGUGUGAGUGUGACGGAGACUCGCAGGGUUGCCAACAUGUGUAACCACACGGCCACACACUGCCUCAACGCUAUGUUGCGGCAGAUGUACGUAGCACCCAAUCAGAAGGGGAGCAGUGUGACGGAACGACAACUUACCUUAAGCUUCUCUACUUAUGGACAGCAGGUCACUAGUUCUGACAUGCUAGAGGUAGAUAGAAGAGUUCAGGCCGUAGUAUCAGCUGGGUUGCCUGUCUCCAGAACAUCUGUUAGCAGCAGUCAGCUGAUGUCCCUGGAUGAUGUCACCUUGCUGCCUGGAGAGACUUAUCCCUCACAAGACAUACAUCUCAUUCAGAUCAUAGGGGAGGAGUUUGUCUCCAAGGAGCCAUGUUGUGGCACACAUGUUGCCAACACGGCAGACAUCGGCCACUUCUGCCUGUGCAGCGUUAGAAGCUCAGGGUCAGGAGUGAAGACUGUGACAGCAUUGACGGGCAAGGCUGCUGUCAACGCAAGAGAAGAAGGACAAAGGAUACUGGAUAUGAUUGGUUCACUGCGACAAACCAUCAAGGCUGGGAGCCAUGACAAUCAGCAGUUGGAAGCUUUAAAUCGUUCCUUGCAAUCGUUAAAACAAAAAGUAUCUGAAGACAUGGUGCCAUACGAUGUAAGAAUAAAAGGAGCAGCAGAACUGGAAGCAGCUUCAAAAGAGUUGAAGGAACAAGCUAGAGAGAGUCUAAGGCAAUCGAUUGAAAGGGAAAUGAAGGAAGUACUAAAGACAGUUACCUCUGACUACGAUAGAAAAUACUUUGUGCACUUUCUACAAUCAACAUCAGAUCUGGAUAAGAUUUCCCUACAAAAAGUCACCAGAAUGUGUCCGACACAUUUGCCGGUAAUUAUUUUUGCUUAUGCUGAAGGGGAAUUGAAAGCUCGCUGUUGUGUGCCAAAGGUGAAGGCAGCACAAGACGUAUCAGCAGAGAAGUGGAUGAGUUCAGUGGUGGAGGCAAUCAGAGGUAGUGGAGACACCCCUCGUGGUCAAGACCCUCGACUGAUCUACAACCUCCGUCCCCUACGUGUCUCCGGGUCUAGACUACACGAGACAGUCAGAAGAGCGGUUGAAGCCGCUGAACAACAGGCCAAUAAAUUGUUUAGCUAAGUGG